AUGACCUUCGACGACUCGAUGCCCAUCGUACCCGAAACGCCGACUACGGCUUGCGUGGAGGCGGACAGUCCCCGCACGAUGCGCUCUGGGCACGGCCACUCCGAGAAGAUUGGCUUCGGAGUCGCCGAGCACAUGCUGGCGGCGGUGGGCCGGACGCUCACCGGCCGCCUGGUGGCGCACGGCGGCGAGAUUGUUGAGGCGCAGGCCACCGGCGCCGUCGCCAAGGCGCGCAAGCUCCUCGCCGCGGCUCGCCGCCGGCUGACGCGAGGCAAGGUCCGCGCCACGCCGGCAGAGGUUGCGGCGGCGCCGCACGCGCUUCUGCUGCCCGCGCAGUGGUGCCUGUUCUCGGCGUGGCGUGCGACAGCCUUCGGCUGCGCAGCGUUCUCUUCUGGCCACACCCACAUUUCGUUUGUAGGCGCGGCGUGCGACAGCCUCGACUGCCUCGCCCACGUGCUCGUGCUGCCGUGCUUGCUGCUCGACGGCGGCCGCCUCUGA